UGCGGCGGACGCUGGCGUGCAGCGCGUGGUGUUCACUUCGUCCUACGGCGCUGUGCACAUGGACCCCAACCGCAGCCCCGACGCCGUGCUCGACGAGACGUGCUGGAGCGACUACGACUACUGCAAAAACACAGGGAACAUGUACUGCUGCGCUAAGAUGAUGGCGGAGAUCACGGCGACGGAGGAGGCGGCCAAGAGGGGCCUAGAGCUGGCGGUGGUGGUGCCGUCUAUGACCAUGGGCCCCAUGCUGCAGCAGUCACUCAACUUCAGCAGCAGCCAUGUCGCCCGCAACCUCACCGGCGCCAAACCCACCUACCCUAACGCCGUCGCCACCUACACCGACGUCCGUGACGUCGCCCGAGCCCAUCUCCUCGUCUACGAGCACCCGGACGCACACGGCCGGUACCUCUGCAUCGGCGCCGUGCUGCACCGUGCACACUUCCUCCAACUCCUCAGCGACCUCUUCCCGCAGUACCACAUAACCGCCAAGUAAGUACGAGCACAACAUGAUCGAUCUUAUUUCAAUGUGUUUGAUUCGAUUUUGGGCGUUGCUUUGCUUGCUCACCGUGGAAUUCAUUGGGGCGGCAGGUGUGAA